AGCAGUGCGCGGCGAGGAUGUCAAGAUGGCUGCCACGUACAUCUGAUCGGAGGUGUGUGCGCUCGCGAAAUUUGACGCCGAACCGUGAUAAAAGGGACUGUGUUUUUCGAGUCCCUGACAUGGUGACAGUGCGUAGUUAGUCGGCCUGUAUCCAUGAGGACGACUUUGUACACCAUCGAUGAUAGUUCUUGUCGUCGCGGCCGGCGGCGGCUCGCAUUGAAUCAUGUUCAGCAAAAAACUUCAUGUAGACGUCAAAAAGUCAACACUGAAGAUUCAGGAUGUUAAAAAGGAUAGCGCUACUCGGUUCAAGCACCUUAAGAUCGUACUAGAAAAUGUGGACACUGAUGAGGCAAAGGGGUUUUUUGAAGGCAACUUCAGUCAUGUCUAUUUUAUUCUGUACGAUUGUUUUGUGUCAGCUGAAGCAAACCUCCGGCAAAGAGAACUUUCCUUCCACAUUGUGCAUAAAGCACAUAGGGAGGAAUUGGAGCAGGUGUUACAGCUCUUAGAGAAAGUUUUAACUCUUCUCCCUGAGCUUCUCAAUAGAAGAUGGCAAUGUCACAGCCUGGCUAGGAUUUUGCAGAAACUUUUACAUCCUGGUAAUAGUUGGAAACUUCGUAGACAAGCUGUAAGGUAUUUUAUUUUGUGGUAUCAAGCACUUGGUGAAAAUGCCCCUGAGCAUAUACAUCAAAUGUUUGCAAGUCUGGUGCCAGGAUUUCCACCCCAGCAACCAUCCCCUUACAAAUCUGAACGUAAGGCGGAUGGAAAGAAGGACAAGCUUGCAAAAGCAAUUGGUUGUGAUGAUAAAGAUAAGAAGGAAUUUUACGAUACGCACUUGUCGCAAAGUACUUUUCACGACAAUGCCUCGAAUCAGUGUCCCGUCACUCCAGUCGACGGUGGACCUAUUUUACCCCCGCAAGGCGGAGAAAAGCCUCUUGAUAACGAGACUGUUCGAUUUUUAGAAGCGUUGCUUGAAUUUAUGGUUACUCAGGUCAUAAAGAUAGAAUGGCGAGAUAAAUCUUCGCGACAGCACAAGACUUUUCAAUUUUUAUUAGAACGUUUUAAAGUUGCAUACCUUCGUCAUAUUUGCCCUGAGUUCGACGACAAUUUCUCCUUGUACAAACCUAAUUUAGAAUUGCCUACGAUGCGUAAACCAACGAAUCAAAGUCAGGAUAAUUAUGUAUUGUGUAAAGUUGCUUUGAUUAAAUGGAUUGCUAGUUUUACGCAUGUCGCUAGAAAAGAUGGUCUUUUCGCACAUCUUUCUCAUAGCACAACUCCGAACGAAGAAAGUACGGAUUCGGAACUUCGUCGCGUUUCAGUUACACAGAACUCGAGCGAUUCGUCUUUACUGUCGCCCGAGUCAACUGUGUCUCAGCCAGAGAAUCAAAAUCAGGAAGACAAUACCGUUUCGGCUGUUACUCUGGUUAGAGAAGUUCUUUACAGUAACAGAGAUAACGUGAAUUUAGUACACGAACUGUAUAGACAAGCAUUUCUUCUGGACUUUAACCACGCUGGUGCUAUAAGGAAGGCUAUAGCCGUUUACAAAGAUUGGAUUCAAAUGAAUGAACUUCCUCCGUUCAUGUUGGAAUCAUUGGACAGUCACAAGGAAAGAGACUCGGAGGACAAGAAGGACCCAAGCGAUAUCGAUAGAAGUCCAUCCGAAUCCUAUCGUCAAACGAGAUUGAGGAACGAUUCCUACCUCGGUGCUAUACACAGAGAAAACUUGUUCAUAAGAGCGGGAUUACAAAAUGUUCUUCAAGUAUUCAUUACGCAAGCUUCUAAUGUAUUCUUCUUAGAACAUUCUGGACCAAAUGCAUCCCCAACGUUACUCGAAGAACAAACGGAUAGCUGUAAAAGGGUUUUGAACGUGUAUCGUUACGUCGUUAUGCAUUCUAGAUUAGAACCAGCCACUUGGGAACAGUUGCUUAGGGUACUGCUGCAAAUAACGUCGCUCGUUCUCAACGAAAAAUCGUCUCGACGCAAAGCUCAAGAAAGCAUCGGCGGCAAGCUAGCACCUGCCAUAUUUCAAACUUUGAUCGUCACGUGGAUUAAAGCCAAUCUAAACGUCGUUAUCUCUACUCAGUUGUGGGAUCAGUUUUUAGACGUGAUAACGUCUUUAACGCAAUGGGAAGAGUUAAUUCGAGAGUGGGCAAAAACGCUGGACACUUUAACGAGAGUGCUUGCCAGACACGUGUAUAACUUGGAUCUGAACGAUCUACCAUUGGAUAGACUGAGCGAGCAAAAAACUAAGAGGCGUCGCGGCGUUGGGAGUCGUGCCGCUUCCACGGGGAGUGUCCAGCCACCUCGCAAAGGAAGCGUCGAUCAAGACAACAGUGCGGUCUCUAAAGAAAAUGUUACUGACCAUCCGAUGCGAGACUUGAGAAAAGUGCGACAUCUGCCGCGCAGUGCAAGCGACAACUCGAUAUACAAUGGAAAAGCGCGUACGAAACUUCACAGAAAUCGUACCCACACCGUGCACAGCGGUAUUCCUGUACUCCCCCUGUCGAUAGAGCAAGACAUGGCGCGGCUAUUGUCAAGCGGUACCACAUCUUCGUCGGGACCUGGAAGGAAAAUGUUACCGAACAGACGCGCUAAAUCCUUGGAUAGCAUUAUCAUAGUCGAUAGCGAGCCACCGUCACCUAGGUGCCCGUCUCCGACGCCUAGCAGCGGGGUCGACAGCAACAAAGACAGUCCGAUACAAAUAGAGAACAUUGACGGCAGUAGUAUCGAUACUAAUGACGCGUCGGAAAGGAGAUCUGUUAUGGCAGGUGGUGGUGUUCGCGGUUGGUUGCCUGACGUAGCAGUCGUAUUAUGGCGACGUAUGUUAUCUGCAUUGGGGGAUGUGAAUAACAUUCAGGAUCCUUCUCUUCAUGGUCAAGUCAUGGAUUACCUCGUUCAACUCACGCAGACACUUAUAAAAAUUCGUUUGAACCAAGGUGUUUCGGGAGACAAUCAAGCAACCCCUCCAGCUCCUGAACUUAUACCUCCUUUAACAGUCAUCGCGCCGUGGUGUUUCAAGGCCAUACAACUUCCCGAUCAGUACGAAGUUGGAAAAUUAGCAGCGUACCGUUUGAUCUGCCUUCUGACAGUUCAGCCGCAGGACAUCAAUUUACCGAAGCAACACUUGUCCCUUUUCUAUCGCGCGGUUCACAACGGUAUCGUCAGCAACGACAGUAAAGUACUGCACGUGCUGGUCAAGUACACCGGGCCCAGGUUUUUCAGUUUGAAUCUUCCUGGCUCUAGCCUGUUGAUCUUAGAUUACAUUCACGCUGCUAAUGUAAUAUUGAGCAGCCAGGACAUCGAGGCGCCGAGGACAGAAGCUGUCUCAAUAAUUGGAUCACUACUGUCCUUACCUGCAACUACGGUUAAAUUGCCCGUAUUGCAACCCACUCCAACAGACAUUCUGACCAUGACGUGCCCAGACGCAAAGGAACACAUAAUCACGAUUCUUUUGAGAAGCUGUAGACGGGAACCAACUGGUAUAGCAAGAUGCGUGGCUCUUUCAAGUAUCGCGAUGUUCGUGUACAGAGAACUGUGCUGCAAGAAUCAACACCCAAGAAUCCCGGAAUCCGUCACGGUUCUUCUUUUAGCGCUUAGAGCCAGUCAUGCCACUGUUGCACAAGUGGCGUGUGACUCUCUUCUGUUAUUAUGCGACAAAGCGGACACCCUUCUGGAACUCUAUCCGAAUGUGCCAUCUAAAAUAAUCCAAAUUUUAUCGGAAACGCUUGGAUACAUGAGUACUCGAGACAAACGCGGUCCUUUGCCAAUAUCGAUGUUAUUCUGUUUGGGCGAAUGGGCUAUGCACCUAGGUCCUGAUGUCUUAUUGCGCGUAUUUCAGGGAAAACCUCUGCUAAUGACUUUGUUCACGGUUUUGGAUAACAUGGCCCAAGAUAGGGUCACUAAAGGCUUGCUACAGUCAGGUAAACGUCACGAAGACGAGGACGAUGACUUCGAUCCUGAUAUUACCUUGGACAACUUGCCUGACGAUGCUAGCUUUAAAUCGCCUCCGCGAGGCAAUAUUCAGUCUGUCCAACUAGCGGCAAAAAUGGUAAUGAUGCAUUUAAUAAAUCACUUGGGACAUUUCCCCAUGGGUAUCGGAGCUGCGCGAUUGUCUUCAUUGGUUGUCGAGUUGGACGACGUACCAGGAAUCGAUGGAGACGAAUUAUCCUCUGCCAUUUUCCACGCACCGAAUAUACAAUUGCUAAUGUUGUCCAACUCCGUGAUAAUGUCACUCGUGGAGCUGGCCGCAUUGGACGCUCCUGGCGGUGGCGUCACUGCUGGAUUGACCACUGCUCCGUCGUUGGUCAGAGUUUUGUUGCGGGAUCUGGCAGGGAAAGCGUCUUGGGAUAGUUCAAUUUUAUACAGUCAACCUUCGGUUGACGACGAUGUUCCGAUAGCAUUUACAAAACAUGUCGAAUGGAAAACAAAAAUUCACGGUGAUGACUUGAGCAGCGUCACGACGUCUCAGGCAUGCACGCCGCGACACACGAUACGACACCGUGAACCUCAUGUAUUGCCUACGUUUGCAAACGGCGCAAGCGAUAUGGAUAACCUGGACGAUCUCUUACAAUAUAUAGGACAUACAAGUCCCGAAGUAUUAACCAAUCCAGAAAUCGCACUUAACGCGCCAGCUAACCCACCCCAAGGGCAGCAUCUCGAGAGCGAGACUAUCGCGACCAUUCUCAACCAGAGGAAUGCGGAACAAGAGCAUAUCAACAACUGGAAUCAGCACAUCAGCAUGUGUGCAACAGCAAUAAGUCCACCAUCCUGUCGUCCACCUCCAGCGCCAUUUCACCACUGCCGUCUUCUGUUUUCGCACCUGGGUUUGUCGGGUUGGGAGCAACGUAGAAAAUUGCAUUUACUAUCGAAAAAUGAGAAACUCUUGCGGGAACUCCGUAACUUGGACAGUCAGAGGUCCAGGGAAACCCACAAAAUAGCAGUAAUUUACGUCAGUCAGGGCCAGGAGGAUAAAAAUUCCAUAUUGAGCAACGUCACGGCUAGUAAAGAAUACGAAAACUUCAUCGCGAGAUUGGCUUGGGAAGUGGAGCUUGAAUCGCACACGGGUUUCCUAGGCGGUCUCGUGCCUGGGAAAGCGUCUGGCGUUACUGCGCCUUACUUUGCUACAUCUUUCACCGAAAUUCUCUUCCACGUGGCAACGAGAAUGCCUUCCGAUAGUCCUGAAAGUUUACUGCAAAAGACGCGGCACCUUGGCAACGACGAGGUUCACAUAGUUUGGUCCGAGCACUGGAGAGACUACCGCAGAGACAUAAUACCAACGGAAUUUUGUGAUGUUUUAAUAGUAAUUUAUCCAUUACAUAAUAAAUUAUAUAGAGUUCAAAUUUCUCGGAAGGCAGAGAUCCCCUUUUUUGGACCUCUGUUUGAUGAAUGCAUCGUGGAAGAUCGAGUUCUGCCCGGAUUGGUGAGGACAACAGCUCUGGCAGCGAGUAGGGCGAAACGGUCCACGCUUACGUUGUAUCAACAUUAUUACGAGGAGAGAGCGAGGUCCAUUGAUACCGUUAUGAGAAACCAUAAAGAAGCGACUACGUUCGAGGAAUUCACAGCUAACGUGUAUUCUCCGGUGCAGCCGCCGAGCCCGUUCAGCGGGGCUUCUUCCGUAUCUGGAUCUACAACAAGCGUGCAAUCCACAGCGUCGUCAAACCUCGCAGCAGCGCUUAUAGAUUCUCAUCAGGGGCGAUCGGGUCUGCGAAGUUCAUCGGCGACGAGCAGUGAUAACCGCGCGAAUAGAGUCUUACACAAUCUAUUCAGAGUUUCCGAUGGUAGCAGAGUGUGGUUUAGUAACGACACUCCAGAGAGUACGGCGCUCCAUGGAAUUUCACCUAGACCCGUAAAGAAGAUGUCGUUCAAAACUGGGCCGAAGCAGAGGGCGAGCACUCAACCUACACCGCCUGACAGUCCCAGAUAUAAAUAAGGAAUUUUGUAUCGAAACCAUAAUAAGGAACAUUUUUUGCACAAAAAGGUUGUCCGGGUAUAUCCUGGAAGUUGUAAUUUAAGAGAAUUCUUUAAAAUGCUAAUUAACACAAUGCGUGACGAUAGUAUACAAGAAGACGACCCACUGUUCUCUGCAUUGAAGGUAAUAGAUACGUUAGAGUUGAGAUGGCGGGUUCGGGUGACUUACCAUUUUCGAAAUUGUCUUUGCAGUGGGGCGGCGAAACAUCUGAUUAGUCUUAGCGUUUUCUGUUUUCCGUCCUUAGGUAUAAUUUUUAUAUUAAAUGUACAGAUCGUUGUUUAUUUGUUGCAACGUGAAUAUUAAUUUAUUGGAACAAAAAUAUAUGGAAAGAUUUAACGGAUCAUAGGUAUACAAUAGUAACUAUAUUCGUUAUAUACACUUAUUAGUGUCAUACGACAGCUAUUUUCAUUGUACAGUACUUUCUUAAGAUCAGUUUACCCUUGUACUUGAAUAGGUAAGCUUAAAUAAUUCUAUCAAUUAAAGCUUCUAUCUUAAUUUAUAACAAAGAUAACGAGCCUCUCGAUGUUACACACAUGCCUUCGUAAAAUGUAACUUUUAUUUCCUGUAAUCUAAUGGGUGAUAAGAACACGUUUAACUCACGCGUUUACAAGCGUGUCGAUUAGAAUCAAAUAUUUUUUAACCAUAAAGGUUUUAUAAGUCAGCAAUGUCACAUCUCUUAGUACUGUAAUAAGCUGUACUUCAUGUUUCGCGUCUGUUUGAUUUCUUUCAAACUGUCUACACGUUACAUUCCAUACGAUUAUUUUUUUUUCUACGCUUCAUCCAUUCUGUAUCUUUUGAGUAAACUUUUUAACGUAUUUCCAAAAAGAUCGAAGCAUUCCACUUAAGUUUCGUAUUUAACUUCAACGACUGGAACAUAUAUAUAAAUAUAUUAGAAUCCACGUGUUUAACAGAAGACAAUGACUUAGUUCGUGUACAUUGCGUAGAGGAAGAGAACAAUUAGGGAACAGUUCUGUUGUCAUACCAAAGUUACAGGUACUUGGUGCUUUACGAUACUCGAGAUAUAAGUAUUUUAAAUAAUGUGUCAAAACGUGUUAUAUUUCCGAAGGUUAAUAAAUCUUAAAAAAAAAAGACAAAAAAAAAUCGAAAUCGAGAAGAGUUUUUGAAAGUAAACGAAUAAUUAAAGAUGUAUUAAGUAAGAGUAAACUGUUGUUUUGGAAAGAUUCAUGUUAACACAGUGAUAAUAAUCAAAGUAUUAAUAUAUUAUUGGUCGCUGUCGAUAUGAACAGAAUUUAGGGAGAAAAUUAUUAUAUUGUGGCGAAUAUCGAUACGAUGAUAUUCCAGUUGAGAUUGUAGUAGAUAUUCAACACUUCGGGUUUUUUUACCGUUUUGAGGAUUAUCAGGAAACCGCAUUCAAAAGUAGAUAGAUGUUAGCAACGAAAAAUGUAGGUGAAUAAUUACUGAUGCGCAGACCAUGGCCAAAGCAGCAUUAUUUUUUCACUAAUUUAUAACGACGUAGAAUUGAGACGAGCCGUGUAUGUAUUGUACAUAAAUUGUUAAGCAUGCGAAUGGCGCCGAGAUCAUUAAUGAAAAUUAUUCUCUGCGAAACAUUGUAUCGCAUCAUUGAAAAACUAUUGGUCUAUAUAUGCGUAUAUUCGAUAUAUACAUACGAAGAAGAAGAAGAAGAAGAAAGGAAAGAACUUAUUACAGUCUUACGUAAGGAUGCUUUCACGAAUCGUAUCUAAAAACUGUACUUAAUUAAAUAUUCUUCAUUAGUACCAUUACGAUAACUACUUGCUAUUAUUUAUGUUAUAAAUAUACAAAUUGCUGUUAACAUUAUUAGCUUAGUGCUGAACUAUUUUUCUUACUGGACAUUACGCUUGUAAUACAUCGUAAGGAAACUCAUGAAAAUGCAAGGAAAACACGAAUGAAAUCUACUCUCGAUGUCGUUUCCGUUUUCCAAAAUUUGUUUCCUUUAAUUUGUUAUGCGUUCAAGCUACUGCAAAUAUUAAUUGUUCAUUUGAGAUGUCUUUUUGCUCUCGCGCAGUUUUUUUUUUUUUGGAUCUGAAAUAGAAAACGAGUGCAAAGGAUAUGUGUUUGCAAUCCAUUGCUUCUAUAUGAAUGUUAAAAAGAGGUUAUACAUAUAUCUAUGUACAAUUGAUUUAUUAUACCUAGCGCGAAGAGUUCUACACGUUGUCAUCUGAUUCUACUAUUUGCCAAAUAGAAUCGUGUCUGAUUUCCUGUUAACAUUAAAUUAAAUAGAUCGCAAUCGUUUCGAAUCUUUGGGAACAGUGUGGAAUUAGAAUUUCAUAGCAUAACAUAGGGUUUCUGAACACUUUAUCAAAAUUUCUGCUGUAAAGUCUGUACCAUGAAAUUCGAACUCCAUAAUAAAAACGAUUACAGGAUUUACAGCGUUCUAGAGGAAAAUAGGAAUCGGAUAGGGAAACAUAUAAUUCCGUAUUCGAACGCGUUAGAUAGUUUCCCGUAGGGAGUGGUAUUCGGAAUUGAUCUAAAAAAAAAGACACGUUAUCCUUCUGUAACUGAAAUUCGUUGCCCGAGGGUUUCUCUGAUAUCGUAUUAAUUGUACACAUUUCUGCAAUGGAAUGUACAUUUUAUUGCACAAUAAAAUUGUGAUGAAUCUUGAA